AUCUUUUUUUUUCCUCUAAAACCCCUGAUUAACAUUCAACGUGACAAUAACUUCACCCCUUAAAUCUCACUCAACCCCAAGAUCUACUCCUCCCCAUCAAAUUCCCCAAUCUCCGACCACCGUAACACCGUCGCCUCACUCCGAUCUACCACCACACUCUCAAAAUUCAGAUCACAUCAAAUCUAAUCAGCUACACCUACACUAUCCACUCAUCAUGAGUUCUCCGGCAGGUGCGAACUUGUUUACGGGAUUUACGAGGCUGUGUAAGGGUUUAGUGGUUGUGCUUGUUUGUGGAUACAUUGCUGUGCAGAUCUUUCCUUCUGUGGUUACUUAUGUUGCCCUGAUUCCUGCCAGGACAAUUCCUUUUGGUUGGAAUCUCAUUACAGCUGGUUAUAUAGAACAAACACUACAUGGGGUGCUUAGCAGUACAAUUGGUCUUCUUUUCAUUGGGAAGCUUCUUGAGCCAAUCUGGGGAUCUAGAGAAUUCUUGAAGUUCAUUUUCAUCGUCAAUUUCUUAACUUCUGUGUUGGUGUUCAUCACAGCCAUUUCUUUGUACUAUGUAACGAUGCAGGAAAAUUAUCUUUACAUGCCUCUUUCUGGAUUCAGUGGGGUACUUUCAGGGCUCUUAGUCGGUGUCAAGCAAAUCAUUCCCGACCAAGAAAUUUCUCCAUUGAAAAUUAAAGCAAAGUGGUUGCCAUCCAUCGUGUUAUUGUUGGCUAUUGUUGCAAGCUUCUUUACAAUAGAGCCAGCAGCAUACCUUCCAAUCUUGAUAUUCGGCACAUAUAUCGGCUGGAUUUACCUCAGAUACUUCCAAAGGAAACAGGAAACAGGAUUUAAGGGUGACCCCAGUGAUGAAUUUGCCUUCUCUACUUUCUUCCCAGAAUUUCUAAGACCAGUGAUUGAUCCUAUGGCUUCAAUAUUUGAUCGAAUGCUUUGUGGAAGAUCUGAAGCGUCCGUUGAUGCUAGGGGCUACACAGUUGGCAGUGCUCCAUUGCCGGGUUCUGAUCCCAUUGAGGCAACUAGGAGAAGGGAAAGGGGUGCCCGAGCUUUAGAGGAAAGAUUGGCAACAGAGAGGUUGACUGCUGCGGGAACGAAGAGCAAGACUGACGAACCCGAAAGAGAUGCGACUGACAAUGUUUAGUUAUUAUAUUCUGAAACCCGGAGCUUGUUGAUUUUGUGUAUGUGUAACUAGUCAUCUGUUUCUUUCGGUUUUGGACCCUUCUGGAUCAGACAGUUAUAUUUUUAGCUCGCAAACCUCGGGUAAUGGGCCCCGUAUAGCAAGAAUUAAGAAAGAUAUUAGUUUUCUGUUUCGUCUCCUCCGGACAGUUUUGCAAUGUUGCGAUUUAUAGGCAUUAGUAAUAGUAAUUUCGGACA